GCUGGCACUGACGUGGCCGCCGAGCGCCGCCAUCUUGUGUGCUUGGGCGGAGGAGCGGCUGAGGGGAGCGAGCGGGACAGCCCGAGGACGGACACGCAGACCCACUGCCCGCGGCAGCUGCUGACGCCGACUUCACUGGCCAGUGAGAACAUAUCUCAAGCAUGGGAAAUAUUUUUGCUAACCUCUUCAAAGGCCUUUUUGGCAAAAAAGAAAUGCGUAUUCUAAUGGUUGGUCUGGAUGCUGCAGGAAAGACUACUAUUUUGUACAAACUUAAACUUGGUGAAAUAGUAACUACUAUUCCUACUAUAGGUUUCAAUGUGGAAACAGUAGAAUACAAGAACAUUAGCUUCACGGUCUGGGAUGUAGGUGGCCAGGAUAAGAUCAGACCACUCUGGCGCCAUUAUUUCCAGAACACACAAGGUCUGAUUUUUGUGGUUGACAGUAAUGACAGAGAACGAGUGAACGAGGCCAGAGAAGAGCUCAUGAGAAUGUUGGCAGAAGAUGAGCUUAGAGAUGCUGUUUUACUAGUGUUUGCUAACAAACAGGACCUGCCGAACGCGAUGAAUGCAGCAGAAAUCACAGACAAACUCGGACUGCAUUCCCUUCGUCACAGGAACUGGUACAUCCAGGCAACCUGUGCCACUAGUGGAGACGGUCUCUAUGAAGGACUGGACUGGUUGUCCAAUCAGCUCCGAAACCAGAAAUGAAACCAUAAACCUUCCUCCUCUUCCCUCUUUUUCCACCCCUCCCUCUUCCUUCCUCCUAUUCGCCCUUCGCUUUACUCUAAUGUGGCAAACUGUGCUACUUUGUGGUAUUGAGUGCCGGAAGCUGUUUUCAUUCCUUUUGUCACAGUAUAUAUUGCAUCAUGCUGUAAAUGUGGCAAAUCCAAGCCUGAAAACAGUUAGGUUUCUUAUUUAAUGUAAAUAGUUUUUGUUUCCAAUGAGGCAGUUUCUGGUACUCCUAUGCAAUAUUACUCAGCUUUUUUUAUUGUAAAGAAUCACUGCUCAGUACUUGGAAGGGAUUGCGGUGGGUUGACGGAAGGGGUUGCCAGCGGUCCCUGUGCAGUAGAGCUGAAUACGAUCUCAGUCGGGUUGUGAGAUCUGUGAGAUCCCAUUUUGGUGGUUGGUUUUUAACCUGAAUCCUGUAUUUUUUUAAAAAUAGUCAAGGAAAAGUAAAAAACACUUUCAGCACACAAACGUUUGCCAUGGCUUCUGCUGUUCUAGUUCUUAACGUGGCGGCUUCGGACUCUUUUGAACAGUUGAGUGGCUCGACGCAGCCGGUUUAGCCUCAUCUGCUUUGAGAACAGAUCGUAACUAAAAGCUCUCUGGCUCUGUAGUUGAUGGUAUGUGCUCAUAUUUGUUUCAUACUCGUUCAAAGAGUUCUCAGAUCUGGUUUACAUGAGCUUGCAGACUCAUGCUAAACAUCAGACUUUGGGUUCAGGUGAGAUUUGUCACUUCCAUUCAACUGGAAUCAUUUCCAGAGCUCAACAUUGACUUUUUUUUUUUUAGCCCUAUGUAUUUGUCCAAAGUGUUUUGUACUUUCCUUGUGUGUAAACCACUCCAGAAGGCAAACCUUUCCACAGAAAGCACAGCCUCUACUAAUCCUUAAGCUCUAUAGGCAGAAAGUACUGUACUUAACAAUUGCCAUGAGAAAGAAAAACACCAAACAUCUAUGUUAUAGCAUCUAGGGAUAAAAAAUACCAACAAAGCAUGAGAGUUUGGAGAGUCAUUCCACUCUAGAAGUACUCAAUCCCAUUUUGGAACAAUCCCAUAUCUGUAUAUGUGUGAAAACCCUUGGCAUCCCUCAUACUGCAAGGUUCAGAUUUGCCAUCAGAAAAAACCCACAAAAAAAGACCUCUUUACUUUUUGUUUUCUUUUGUAUUUUGAUAAAACACUGAAGAAGCUGGAGCUGUUAAAACUUUAACUCGAGGAACUAUCAGAACUGGUUUACUUAGUGUUGUGGAAACCUUUCUUGCUUUCAAUACACAACUAGUAAUCAACUGUUUUGUAUACUUGUUUUCAGUUUUCAUUUCGACAAACAAGCACUGUAAUUAAAGCUGUUAGAAUAAAAAAUCUCUUAACUAGUUCAUGUUUUUUAUGCCUUGCUGUUCAUUUGAUCAUCUUGGCAGAAUCAUGAUGAGAUACUUGUUGAAUAAAAAGUUUCAUGAAUCUUG